AUGGCGGCGACACGAAGGCUUCAAAAGGAACUAGGAGAUAUCAGACAGUCUGGGUUGAAAUCGUUUAGAGAUAUCCAAGUUGAUGAAUCAAAUAUCUUAACCUGGCAAGGCCUAAUCGUUCCUGACAAUCCUCCAUACAACAAAGGUGCUUUUCGCAUUGAGAUUAAUUUUCCUGCAGAAUACCCAUUUAAACCUCCUAAAAUAAGCUUCAAGACCAAAAUCUAUCAUCCAAACAUUGAUGAGAAGGGCCAGGUUUGCCUACCUAUUAUUAGUGCAGAAAAUUGGAAGCCGGCUACAAAGACUGAUCAAGUGAUACAAGCUCUAGUUGCUCUUGUAAAUGACCCUGAACCAGAACAUCCCCUGCGUGCAGAGCUUGCUGAAGAAUUUCUGAAGGAUAGGAAAAAGUUUACUAAGAAUGCAGAAGAGUUUACUAAGAAGCAUAGUGAAAAGCGGCCUACAGAU